AUGCCAUCAACAUCGGAUUUUGAUCCUUCAAUUCACCUAGCCUAUCAGAAGCCAAAGAAAAUCCACACGCUUUCUGAUAUUAAGUUGGAGAAUUCUCCAAUUUCAGAGAUUGCCUCAACUAACCCAUUUCCCUUCCUUUCCGCCGAAGGUAUGCGGGCCUUCCGACGCGAGCUCUUCUCUAAGGAUAUAUUAGAUAAUUACAGCUACAAGACUCCCCCGCGUUUCGCGCCGUUCACCUACCAGUUCUGGACUUCACCUAAAGCUCUAGAAAUUGUAAGCAAUCUGGCCGGCGUGGAUCUCAUACCGGUUCUGGACCAGGAGAUCUGUCAUACCAAUAUGCAGCUAGGACCGGAAGGGCUUGAAGGUCACAGAGACUCAUAUCCGUUUAUUUGUGUUGUGAUGUUGUCAGACACGAGUACGAUGACGGACGGUGAAACGGAGAUGCAAAAGGGCGACGGAUCGACCGUCAAAGUUAGAUCCCCGGAAACAGGCGGAGCGGUUAUUCUACAGGGGCGAUAUAUAAGCCAUAUCGCUAUCCCCGCAGGAAACAUGCCCGAGCGCAUCACUCUUGUGACGUCGUUCCGGCCCCGGUCUCCCCUUCUGGUCGAUGAUUCGAGCCUUAUAAAUGUUCGGACUAAGUCCCUUCUACCGGAACUCUAUUACCAAUGGUCGCAUUAUCGACUACGUCUCCUAAGUGAACGGUUCAAGCACGAGGCGAAGUCCUUAGAGGAUUCUUACAGUCGUGCCGUUCAGAAGUGCGAUCUAGAGGGUAGACUAGGUCAUUGCACUAUCGAAACGAUUGACGUCGAAGCGCUAACGUGCUGGAUGAAAGAGCAGAUGCGCUAUAUACGCUAG